ACAGGGAUAGCGGCCUGCCUCUGCCUGCCUGCCUGCCUGCCUUUGUCUAGUUGCGACACGGCUCGUAGCUAGCUUCCUUCCGGAACGGUCUGUCUGUCCGUCUGUCCGUCCCCUCGAUGGCAUCAUGUAGGGGCAUACAGGCAGGACAGGUGCAUAACACAAAAUCCAUACGUAGUCGGUGUCCGAUAUCUAUCCAACGUAAUGGAUGGAUGGAUGGGUGGGUGGGUGGUCGACUGAUCGACUCACCGUGUAGUGAGUGGGUGUAGACGGUGGCUGGCUGGCUGGAUGGAUGGCUAAACGAACAGGCAAACGAGCGAGUUUUGCGAGGGUGCAAUGGUGGCGGUCAAAGCACAUUCAUAGAGCGGCCCACACACACAAAUCGGCCAGUCAGGCGGAUCGCAUCAACGGCCCCACGAGAGCAUCGCACACACUCCCGGGGCCGCUCGCAACUUCGCAAGACACAGAGAGUGAACCAGCCACACAGAAAUCAAUGACAGACACCCCGUCCCCUCUCUGUCAGUCAGACCUCCGCGGAAACAGACACACUGACCCACCCCGCCGCCGCACCCACACCUGGGCCCUCUGGCGUGUCGGGCACAUUUUUGUGCCUGCGUGUCUGCACAUAAUAAAAACACCAGCAUGCAGCCCUCAUUUGAUGGCCUCACUGACCUGCACACGCCACGCCGAUAUCGGCCCCCUCCCUCUCUGUGUCUGUGUGUGCAUUUGCCCCCUGUCGCACACACAAUCGCUUAGACGACAUCACGGCAGACGGCUACAAGAGAGAGACCAAGAGAAAGACACGACACACACAACACGCACGCAGCCGUCAGUCAGUCACACGGCCAAAACACCCAGCCAUAAGAGAGAGAGAGAGACAUCCGAGAGGCACACAUUCAGGCAAACACAGCAGUCGUCAUCACCCCACCCCUUCCCUCUCCCUGUCAGCGGCCCGCACAGACACACUGCCCCGCCCGCCCACGGCCAUUCUGUGUAUGUCACGUCUGCAGGCACACUGACAGACAGCGAGACGACACGAAACAUAACGUCGUCCCUGCACAUAAAAACAGCAGCGUCCAUCUCACUCUGUCUGUGGGGCGGGGGGGUACGUCCCUUCUCCCUCUCUCCCAUCUGACGCUCAAUCGUCAGGGAGGAAGCAGUCGAAGUCGUCGUUACAUAUGAGCUCCUCAGGGCAGUCGCCAGCUGUCAAGCAUUGAACACACUCGGUGGUUUCUGUGUUGCAUUUUCGCCUGCCCGGGAAGGGACAGUCGGCAUCGGUCAAGCAUUGAACACACUCGGUGGUUUCUGUGUUGCAUCGUUGAAGGUUUUCGUCGAAGCUACAGUCGGCAUCGGUCAGGCAUUGAACACACUCGGUGGUUUCUGUGUUGCAUCUGAAGUCGCCGGGACAGUCGGUAUCCUCAGUACAUUCGAGACCAACCCGCACAGCGCAUUCCUCUGAGAUCUGUUGGUCGACGUGCUUCUGACCCGCUCACACGUCCUUAAUGUAUCAUAAUCAGUGUCCGAACGAAGAUCGAUUCGCACCUUCUGGCACAUCCAAUCGCAUGUAAAGUACUCAGACACCUAGCCGCAGCGGGAUUAGUCUCGCGGAAUACGGCAACGAUACAAGUAAGGGGAAUACGGCAACGAUACAAGUAAGGGGAAUACGGCAACGAAACAAACAAGCAGACGACAGAAACGAUAUAAGCAACAAAAGGAAAACAGGACAAAAGCCAUUCAAGCAGGGAACGUAGAGAAACCACUGUGAGCAGAUGCAGCGGACAAAAGAAAAAGAGCGUAGGCGCUACAGCUCAGGACAACCCCUCAAUCCCUGGCGCUGCGGUCUUCUCGUGCGGAAGCUCUGCCCACGCUUGGCCUCGGCGGUUCGCUGGCUCCUUGAGGACGCAGAAGGGGAGGCCAGGCUAACAUCAGAUCUCCCUUGCCACGUCCAGCGCGACGGCCCAGGAUGGAUGUGGUUGUAGUCGAGUAGCUCACUCCAGGGCAGAAGGCCAUCAAAUGACGAAGUGACGAGGGCGCCAGUUAGAUGACGAUACGCAUAGAUCCACAAGAUCUCGCACACCACCAGCCCGCUGGCGCCGACGGAUGACGCUGGGAACGCUCACACAGUUGCGAAGAUAGCGAUGACGUAGAGGAUAACGAUGAGGGUGCUUCAGAGGGAACACCAAUGACUGGAUCUCCCCCUUACAGACUGAGAUCUGUUGGUCGACUCUGCUCUGGCGAAUCGCACGGUGCCGCCCUCGUUGAAUCCGACCAGGAUGUUGACAGAAUACGUGCCGAGAGAACCCGCGGUGAAAGAAAGGACUUGGAUAGUCGUAAUCCCAGCGACGGAUCCCUGACCCAAUAUUCCCUCAGGCAACUCCUCCUGCAUUGAGUCGGGUCAUCCACACGGGCGUACACACACCAGGUGCGCUUUGCUUACCACUGUGACGCUAUCCACAAGGGGACUCGUCUCGGGAACGGGAUUGGGAUCACCGCCGAAGAAGGCUCUUGCGACUACACCGGCAGCAUUUGGAGGAACGUCGGGCAGCUCCUCAAUGACCCCGAUUCGAAUCUGACACGACACACGAGUGCACACCACACGCCCCCCGUGUGUGUCGAAUGAUGCAUCGCCUCGAUGGGCUCAGUGUCGUUGAGUGCGCACGUCCUCUAUGUCGAUGAGGAGGGUCGGUAGAGAGUUGGUCUCAAUACAUUCCGUCACCUUGUCAAAAUCACACACACAUCUGCAGGCAAACAGACAGGACAGUGUCAUGCAGCCACGUGUGUCAAGAGACCACGGCCAGCCGGCCGUGUGUGGGAUCGUACUCGACGUUUCCCGGGUGCAGUCGCCUCUUCUCGGCCCCGGCCGCGGUGUCAUUGGCGCUGAUCAAGGUGGGCGCUGUGUUGGGGCGGAGGAGGCCGGCACCGCUCGCGGCACACAGCGGCACCAGCCACGAGGGAAAGGCUAACGCCACACAGACGGCCAGGGAGCACAUCAGACAGACAGACAGACAGAGAGGUGUCAGAGUGGCGUGUUAGGUGCCCACCUGCCAGUGAGACCACGAGCCACAGGACGGCAGGGGACAGCACAGACGACCGCAUCACUGAGGCCUCCUCGGUCAGUGAGUGGGGGGAGGGAGACUGCAGCCGACAAGAGAGAACACAGCACUGUCAGGCAAAGCUUUGCCAGU